AAGAAUCAUGCUGAACAAAGCUCGAAUUAAGUUAGCUGGGGUUGUUGAGAGAUGAAGCUAUAGAACCCCUAUAACAUUCAAGUCAGUGCCCAAAGUCAGGUACAUCAGUUUGAUCAACGGAAUUUUUGUAAUUGGCUUGGCUGUCAUGUUGGCAAUAUACGGAGGUAUCUUGUUUAAAUAAAUUGAUUGGACGCAAUGAAUGGAAAUUCAACCAGAACAUUAAGAAGACCAACCUCAAUGAAGAUCCGAGUCCAACUAAUAUUACUGAUUUUGACGGAAUAGAAUUUAAAAUUACAUAUGUGAAUGAUGUUACAAGUUUUCUUGCACCUCAAGAAGACAUCCUUUGGGUUAUAGACCAUUAUGUGGACUACAUUGAAGUAAACUCGACUGGAGAAUAUCAUCUUGAAGAACUCAAGUAUACUAAAUGCUCUGACUCAAUUAAAGAUGUUGUUGUUGGAGAUAAUUUUAUGGAAGAAUGAUUUACUCUUGAUAACAAAGAGCUAUCUGGAGAUCAAAGUGGAGUUAAUAAAUUUAAAACCAUAGCAAUAAUGAAUUCAAUUUGAGUUACAAAGGGCAAUUAUUUGUGAGAAAAUAGGGAAAUAUUAGAUCAGGCAAUAGUAUCUUUAAAAGUGAUGAUCUCUGUGAAAUCAAAGUACGUAGAUCUGAGCGAUUCGGAUGAUCCAAUAAAAGAAUACACUGAAAAUUUGUUCGAUAUUCCAUUACACCCAAAGAUGUAUAAGUAUGGAGGUAUCUUUAUCGAGAGGCAGGAGGUAACUUUAGAUGAUUCCAUAUUCUCUCCAUUCUUUGAGCCAACACAAAUUAAGUUUAACAAGGUUGCUAAUAGAGAAAAGCACCAAGUUUUUACUAGACUUGUGGACGAAUUAGAUGGUUACCCAUACUUCGGAUAUCGUAUGUUAAUAAAGCUAAGUGACGAAACAGUUCGAUAUUCAAGGCAGGCGUUCACUUUUCUUGAGCUGACCGGAACACUUGGAGGAAUUUUUGAAGUCGGCAAAGUUUCGCUCUCUUUCCUUUUUGGACUAGUUUACUCAUAUUUCUCUAAGAAAUCACUAGUCAACGAAAUUAAGAAGAACACUAGCAUGCUUGUGGAGACCCAGAAGGAGCUCCAAGCUCUUAAGAAAAUGGUGCAGAACUCUAAUCCUCCACAGUAUGAAAAAGAAAACAAUGUUGUGAUUUCUGACGAACAGAAGAAAAAUAUAGAAAACAGUAAAGAGGAAGAGCACCUUGUUUCUUCUCAAAUAAAAAAGUUUGGCAGUAAUAGCUUGUUUAACAAAAUGACCGAAGAAAGCAAAAGACUGCACUUUGAAGUUGAAUCAACCAUACAGAGAACCAAAACAAAUCAUUUUAUGAAGCAUGAUAUUUCUGACCCAACAGGAAUUGUGGCAAUCAAAUAGCCAAACCAAAGAGAUCUUAAAGGAGUUUGAUGAGCAGACUGACUGUCUCAAUAUUUUAUUCAGGAUUCAAUCAUUAGAAGCUAAAGUUAGUUAUCUCCUAUACAAAGAUCCUGAAUAUAAUUCAAAGUAUUGCAAACCACCUUCCCAACCACCUUCCCAACCACCUUCCGAGGCACCUUCCCAGGCAAUCCAACUUGUACGUACCCAGAAGACUCCGACCAAGAUAACUAUUGACCCACCCAAGCUUACCUUGAAGAAUCUAGCCCACAGAUUCAAGAAGUAUCGAGUUUAUAAUGAAGAAGAGUUUCUGUAG